UAUCUGUAAUGAAUAAAUAUUUCUCUUAAACUCAAAUGUGAUUCACAUAAAACUGAAGCUCACCUGCACCUGCAGAUGUGUUGACACCUCUCUAAGCUCCCUUAAGCUCAUGUGAAUGUUGGGAGGGCAAUUUGAACACCUUCUUGUCCGAGUUGCAUUCGCUGCACUCGCUUUCCCUCUGCAGCCUAUUUCUGUCGUCCAUUGAAAAGGAAAUCGCUGGGCCAUCCCCCCGACGCGCGCCUGUGCCGUGGAGCUCCCCCUUGCUGCGUGCAUCGUGAUCUAGUGGAUGCAGAGUCUUGCAGAGAGAACGCAGGGUCACCUUCUGUCACUGCAAGGGGAAAUACUGAAUAAAUUGCAGCACAGGCUGUCAGGUAGUAGUGCACCUCAGCGGCAGCAGCAGCAUCUCUGGUGAUCUCCUGCAGGGGACCAACAGCUCUCUCCAAGGUUUAUGGAAACCUGACCUCCCAUUUGGCGGAGAAGUGCAUGAGGAACCCAGCUCUGCUGCAGAGGACAGGUUUAGUCAUUAGAGUGCUUUGCCACAUCCAGGAAAAUGUCUGGCUCCUACGAUGAAUGUGCGGGUGCUGACGACACCAUGGACAGCUUCUGGGAGGUGGGGAACUACAAACGUGCUGUCAAGAGAUUUGAUGACGGCCACCGGCUCUGCAAUGACCUCAUGGGCUGCCUGCAGGAACGUGCCAAGAUAGAGAAAGCGUAUGGUGAUCAGCUAACUGCCUGGUCCAAGAGAUGGAGACAGCUCAUUGAGAAAGGCCCACAGUACGGCUCAGUGGAGAGAGCCUGGCUGGCUGUGAUGACUGAGGCAGAGAAGGUGAGCGAGCUGCACCAAGAUGUGAAGAACAACCUGAUGAACGAAGACGUAGAGAAAGUGAAGAACUGGCAGAAGGAAGCCUACCACAAGCAGAUGAUCGGAGGCUUCAAAGAGGCGAAGGAGGCGGAGGAAGGCUUUAAGAAGGCGCAGAAACCGUGGGCUAAAAAGCUCAAGGAGAUGGAGGCAGCUAAGAAAUCGUACCACAUGGCCUGCAAGGAGGAGAAGCUGGCUGCAGCCCGAGAGGCCAACGGCAAGACUGAGGCUUCUGUCACAGCAGACCAGCAGAAGAAACUCCAUGAGAAGACGGACAAAUGCAAGCAGGAUGUGCAGAAGGCUAAAGAGAAGUAUGAGAAGUCUCUGGAGGAGCUGAAUAAGUGCACCCCGCAGUACAUGGAGUGCAUGGAGCAGGUGUUUGACCAGUGCCAGCAGCAUGAAGUCAAGAGGCUGACCUUCCUCAAGGAGGCCCUGCUGGACAUCAAACGCCAUCUUAACCUCACCGAGAACCAAAGCUAUGCCACAAUAUACAGAGAACUGGAGCGCACGAUCCUCGGUGCGAACACACAAGAGGACCUGAAGUGGUUCAGCAACAACCACGGCCCGGGGAUGCAUAUGAACUGGCCUGCGUUUGAGGAAUACAACCCAGACCAGGCCAGCGCUCCUCCAAAGAAGAAGAAGCCAGACGGAGCCCCACCCACCCCGAGCACUGACCAUGUGGCUCCACCUGGUGACCGUAGCAGUGUGAGCAGCUAUGACAAAAACCAAGCUUACUCAACUGAGUGGUCCGAUGACGAGCAGCCCGCUGCAUACUCUGGCAACGAAAACGGUGGAAACGGAAAUUCUUUCGAAGAUGAUUCUAGCACUUCUGGGAGAGGGGUCCGCGUCCGCGCUCUCUAUGACUAUGAAGGCCAGGAACAAGAUGAGCUCACCUUCAAAGCAGGUGAUGAACUGACCAAGACUGAGGACGAAGACGAGCAAGGCUGGUGUAGAGGUCGUUUGGACAACGGCCGAGAGGGACUGUACCCGGCCAAUUAUGUCGAGCCAAUCUAGUCACGCUACUGGACAAGGACACGCCAUUGGAGGCAGCCUGAACUGUCCCGUCCAAUUGCACCGCACAUAGCCAGAGACUUAAGAGCAACACAUCCCUUGCCCAACAGAUGCGCCAAGCAGUCUUGCCUAAAUAAAAACUUAGUAACCUAAAAAGACGAUAUAUCAGUAUAAUAUAUUUUAUCCAGCAUUUGGGGUGGGUGGACUUACACAUUUAAAAACAGGAGCAGCAGUUAUUCCAGUAUAUACACACUCGACUAUAACAUCAAGACAGUGCAGGAACACAUUGCUUCUCUGUGUAGCUGUAUUUAAAGUAUAAUGCAGCUUAUUUAAACUUGCAGUCCACUGCAGUCUGUUCUCUUGUGAAAAUGGGAAGAUAAUAUAAUCAGUUACACCCAUUCGACAAAGACGAGCUUCUCUAACCUGCAUUGUGUAUAUACAGUGUGAUGCCAUUUUUGUGUAGCAUUUCUAAUGCUGUGUGUGGUCAGUCGUCAUUCUUACAUCUGGAAUGCUGUGUAGUGUUAAAAGUACCACAAACAGUAUCCUCUGAUUUUUUUUUUUCUCUUUUUUUGUUUUUCUUUGUGAUUUGGUCCGACCUCUUUUCCAGUGUGUGCAGUGCUAUGUGUUUUAAACUGUUUCUGAACUUGCAUAGCAGCAUGCGCUAUGCAAAAUCUCACAUUCCCUGAAUCCUGCAGCCUCAUUUAGGGCUACAACUCGAUGCAGCACUUCAACUACAAAUGCAGAGUUCACGUUUUAAGCAUCACAUCCUUCUGGACAUGCUUCAUGAAAGGAAGCGUGUUGAUGAUGAACUUGUUUUAUGUUUGUUUGUUUUUGUUUUUGACAUCUUUUUUUUCUGUUCUUAGCAUCACAAAUCCUUUGCCAGUAUCAUCUCCAUGCAGUCCGAGGAAAAAGGAUACACAGUUUUCUGCAGAAGCUUUCAUUCUUGGUUCAGUAUUUCAGGUCUCAUAUUAAAUCCACUGCUAACAAACAAGAAACAUGAGCGAUACAUUCCCUCAGAGCAAAGUCGGAUCGAGUCAUCUUCUCGAGGUCGCCACUGCAGUAUGAGAGGUGGGUUCUGAACAAUGCCUGUGCCGGGCACUUUUUUUCUUCCAGAGCGAGGGGCCAGUGGAGGCAUGUUACUGUGCUUGUGUGAAGAUCGAAGCCUCUUCAACAGGACAUGAAUGUACUAGUGUUUGGGCUUGAGAGAGGGCGUGUUGUCUAAACAUGGCUCUCCGCUGUCAUUUAAAGCCCUACCUAGCAAAAAGCACUAGUUAUGCGGCCCGUUUCCCUGCUGAGCCAAAGAAUGACCCAAUACCAUCAACUAUCUGUUUUCUCUCCACGCAAUAACUCUCACAUAUCACAUGUGACACAGCUUCAGUGAGGAUCAACUUGUAGCUGCCUCCCAGUCCACCCAAACUUCAUUUGUCUGCAGAACACCGCGCAGCGACACAGGGAAUACAUUCGUCACCAGUGCUGCACUGCUCAUAAGACGACUCUUACGCAGUGCGUUAUUUUAAAAUUGCUCCAUAGAAAUUAAAUUCACAGCAGGAAUCACAUUCAUCAGACGCUGAUUAGUGAGUUAUCUUAGCUACAAGUUGCACCUGAAUCUCUGAUUAGACGGGAGAGUUGCUUUUUAUAACUUAGUUGUCCUGAAGUUUUGUAACUUUCAGCGGACCAACAGCAGUCAGAUGUGUUUAGCUCUGUGUCUGGAAGUGGAUACGACAGGUUUGGGUCUUACACAUGAGGAGAAACACAUCACCAGCUCACAAGUUGUGUCUUAGAGUAAAGCUGUCCAGCAUAGCAAAAAGGACUCCUAUCAUUAAAACUGUCCCACAUCCUCAAUGAUGCGCGUAUGCACAUACACACACAUAUAUAUACAAACACACACACACGCAUUAAACACACGAAACACAAACACAUAAUCCACAUUACCAGGUUAAUAUUUUGGGGGAAAACAUUCUUCAUCAUCCAGUGUGUAUGAGUUGUGUAAGUGUAACAGAAACAAAAAUGUAAAAAAAAUAAAAAAUAAAAAAAAAA